AUGAGUACAUACACCGUCACCCCGCCACCAGACCCUCGCCCGCCUCUCCCUAUCCCCAACAUCCCCCUCCUCCUCACCCGCAUCGGCGCCACCGCCAGCGCCCUCCUACCCGCCGACCUGCUCAAAUCUUACCACACCACCACCCUCCAGCACCCCGUCCUCACCCCCACACAAACCCAAACCCUCCUCAACACCCUCCAAUCCACCGCCACCAACUGGUCCACCCACUGGUUCCUCGAGAUCCUCCUCUCCACCCGCUGGCCCGUCCCCACCAGCACACGCCUCACCCUCCUCCUCACCCUUCCACCCCCGCUCACAACCCGCACGCACAAGGUCGCCGCCCUCCUCCGCGCCGUCGCCGUCUGGACAAAGGAAUACAUCCUCCCCGGCGGCACCGGUAUCUACAACACCGCCCAGAAACGCCUCAAAUGGCAACUGCGCGGCCUCUGCGCCGCCUUCCGCGUCCCAAUCACGACGGAGACAUGUGCGCUGCAGUACGCAGACCCGGCGCUGGCGCGGUACGCGGUAGUGUGGCACCGGGGGUGGCCGUGGCGGAUUGAGCUCGUGGACAGCGAGGGGGCUGUCUUCUCGGCGGAUGCUAUCGAUGUACAGCUUCGCCAGGUAUUGGAGAGUGCUCUUGGGGCUCAGGCGGGACCGUUGCUGGCAGCGGUGUCGUGGCGGCUGGAUCGGGCGGCGUGGUGCGUGCAGAGGGCGGCGUAUGCUGCGGUGCCAGGGAACGAGGGCGCGCUGGGGGUGCUGUAUGGGAGUCUUGUGAGUGCUGCGUUGGAGGAGGAGGGGGCGCCGGAGGGGUUGGCGGAGAAGCUGAAUGGUGUGAGGACGGGCGGGGGGAGCGAGAAUAGGUUUGCGGAUCAAACGCUGACAGUGGUGUCGUAUUCUGAUGGGACAACGGGGCUCUCAUUCGACCACGCCCCCUCCGACUGCGGCCCCGCAAUGGAGCUCGCAACCCUCCUCGCGAACAUCGCCGCCACACCUACCAACACGCCAACAUCCCCACUCACCCCCCCACCCGCAACCCCCAUCACCAUCCUUCCACCCCUGAACCUUCCCCAACUUCCACCAGCCGUCGUAGAGCCCAUCCCCCGCACCGUAAAGGCACUCACCCUCCCGCCCCCGCCCUCACCGCGAUUAACAGACACGCUCCUCAACCUCGCCCUCCAAGCCACCCUCAUCAGCGUCUCUCCUACAGGCGCUAUACCACCCAUCUGGCAGCCCGUACUACUGCGCGACUUCCGCUACGGACGGUGCGACGAGAUGAUGCCUGUCACGCCCGAAUCCGUCGCCUUUGCACGCCUCGUGCAUGCUGCUGCGUGGGAAAGCGGUGUUGGUGUCGAGGAAAGUGGCAGUGAGGAGGAGGAGGAGGGGGAGAUGCAGCAGAUGCAGAAUGCUUUCAAAGAAGCGUGGAGGCGCAGACGUGAGCUUAUAAAACAAACGCAGGACGGUCUCACGACGAAGUACUUUCAGCAGGGCUACCUGCACCCGUUUCUCGAGUUGGUCGCGCCGUCCAUUGAUGCGGCCGUGAUGGAUGUGUUUCGCGGCGUGAAUGCUGUACCGGCGGUGCAGUUCACUGGCUUCGCUAUAGACGAUGGUGUGGAUGAAGAGGGGGCGGGGGCGGGCGUGGAGGCCGGGCUGAGCAAUAUCUACAUGGAGGACCAGCUCGUCGUGUUUUAUCUGCAGCGGGCGGGGCGGGUUGUGGUUAUGUUUAGUGGAACGGGGGUGUGGAGGGGUGUGUUGGAGCGUGAGGGGGGCGGGUGGGUGCAGAGGGUGUUUGAGGGGUGUUAUGGGGUGAUUAGGAGUGUGGCCGAGGGGAUGGUUUUUUGA